AUGUACGGCGCUCUCGAAAAUCAAAACUUUGAAUUGCCCAUCGCUUUGGAACACAAAGUGAUGCAUGUUGACAACAACGAGAUGCAUAGUGAUGAUGAAAAUGUUUGCUCUAAAACAAGCUCCGAUGAUCCUGAUUGGAAUCCUGACAACAACACUUUCGAUACUAAUGAGAGUGCGGAUGGUGAUCCUACAUUGCUCAAUGAUUUGACUAUAUAUGAAUAUUUUCAAAACUAUAACACAAUUGUCAGUGAUAAUGAACUUGACGAUGACUCGGAUGGUGAGGUAGACAAGGCACGUAAACGCUUGGCUGACAACAAAGAUAUUCAUUUGCCACCAAAGCGAUUGCGAAGCGAACCGAUACAAAAUGAUAUACAAAUGGACAAAUUAACUGGAAAUAUAAGUAUUCAGGCGGUAGAGAACAUGGAAAAAGAAACUGUUCAAAUGAAAGUUUCUAAGACUCGACUCAGAAACUUAAAUAAGUGUCAAAAAGAGAAAGGCCUCGAGUAUACUCGGCAGGACGGUAGGAUCGUUCCCGCCCGAAUGAUUAAGCCUUCUUGCAAAUGCAAGCUUAAUUGCGGCAGAAAAUACCCGGACACUAUUCGAGCGCAGCUUUUGAGAAACCUACUCAAGCUGAAAACAUCAGGUCAAAACCAAUUCAUUGCAAGUCACAUGUCAGUAAAAAAAACUGAUCGUCCAAAGAUGUCGCAUUAG